AACGGGUUACGUUGGGAUAGGCCAUAUCAACCACCCAACAAGGCGUUGUGGUACUAUGGGGAAAUACCGAACCGAACCGAGGAUAAAACGGCUAUAGUUUAGUUAUUAGUUGAGGUUAACGCUUGAAAAUCACCGGAAAGUCGAUGCAAGUGGAAGUAAUUGCAUAUCGGGGUUUAAAUGUGUACGUUGACGUCGAGCCGUGCGUAAUGAGCAGAGUUGGAAAAAGAAGGUGUUGAGCUGCAUUUUUUUCUCUCUCUCAGCACAGGGGACAACUUGGGUCGGGAGUACUGUCUUAACCACGAUGUGAUACGAGGAAAAAAAAUAAUGCAGACGAAGCUCUCCGUGUUCUGGCACAGCAGGCUGGGGCCAAGGUUCUGAGGACGCUUCUGUGGAUCCUCUACCUGACCCACGACGAAGAUUGAGAAGAAUACGUUGUCUGAGCAGAAUGACUCAGCAAGAGGGGGGACCCCCGAAUAGCAAGUGAAGAGAAGUGAGGAUGGGUGCUAAUGGAUCCAGCUAUCCACACUCAUGCUCCCCACGCAUAGGGGGAAAUGCACAGGCACAGCAGACUUUUAUAGGGACGUCAUCCUACUCUCAGCAGGGAUAUGGCUGGGAGUCUAAGCUGUACAGCCUGGAGCACGGCCAUGAACGGCCUGCAGACAGGAAGAAGAAGAGUCUUGGACUGGCGACCCUCAAAAGGAGAUUCAUCAAAAGGAGGAAGUCCAGCCGCUCAGCAGAUCAUGCGCGGCAGAUGCGGGAGCUUUUAUCAGGGUGGGAUGUCCGUGACACAAACGCCCUGGUGGAGGAAUACGAGGGCACAGCAGCCCUUAAGGAGCUGAGCUUCCAAGCCAGCCUGGCACGUGCCGAGGCACCCAGCUUGGCACGCAAUCUGGCUGCACUCUAUCAGCAUAAGUACUGCACCGAUGUGGACCUCAUCUUUCAAGGUACCUGCUUCCCAGCUCACCGGGCCAUCCUUGCUGCCCGCUGCCCUUUUUUCAAAACUCUGCUCUCCUCAUCGCCUGGUUAUGGAGCAGAGGUUCUUAUGGACAUUGAGACAGCAGGCAUUGAUGUACCCAUGUUCUCUGCCCUACUUCACUACCUGUACACUGGGGAGUUUGGGGUGAGCGGAGCGGAGGAUAGCAGGCUGCAAAAUGUGGAUGUAUUGGUGCAACUAAGUGAGGAGUUUGGUACGCCCAACUCACUCGAGGCUGAUAUGAAGGGCCUGUUUGACUACAUGUGUUACUACGAUGCACUGCUUAGCUUCUCCUCGGACUCUGAGAUGAUAGAGAGCUGCAAUGAGCGUGGCGCUGUGGCGGCAGCACCAACAGGGGGCUCAGGAGGCAGUGGAGUCCCAGGGACACCAGAUGAGGACCUAAGGGCUCAUAAAGCUAUCCUCUCAGCACGUUCUCCUUUUUUUCGGAACCUUUUGCAGAGACGCAUCCGCACAGGAGAGGAAAUGACCGAGCGAACAUUGCAGACACCCACCCGAAUAGUCUUAGAUGAGUCCAUCAUCCCACGAAAAUAUGUGCAGGUUAUCCUCCACUGCAUGUACACCGAUGUGGUCGAGCUCGGGCUGGUGCUGCGUGGAAGCCCCUCAGCAGGUAGUCUCGGCGAGGUGCAAGCCCUGGUGUCUGGGGGUCGUGGAGCUAGCACACGCACAGAGGAGGCCAUGGAGCUGUUCCACAUUGCUCUGUUCUUGGAGUUCAGUAUGCUUGCUCAAGGUUGUGAGGACAUUAUUGUGGAAAGUUUAUCUCUGGACUCACUCGUCCCCAUCCUGAAAUGGAGCUCCCAGCCGUAUGGCUCCAAGUGGGUCCACAGACAAGCCAUGCACUUCCUCUGUGAGGAGUUCAGUCAGGUUGUCACCUCAAAUGUUCUCUACGAGCUCGGCAAGGAGCACCUCCUCAACGCAAUCCAGUCUGACUAUCUACAGGCGAGCGAGCAGGACAUUCUCAAGUAUGUUGUGAAGUGGGGCGAGCAGCAGCUUAUUAAAAGGAUGGCAGACAGGGAGCCUAACCUGUUGAGCGGCACAGCCCACAGCGUAAACAAGAGGGGAGUGAAGAGGAGAGACCUGGAUGUGGAAGAAUUAAAGGAGAUCUUGUCUCCCCUCCUCCCCUUUAUCCGAACUGAGCACAUCUUACCUCCAAACAGCGACGUCCUAUCUGACGCGUUAAAGAGGGGUUUAAUAAGCACCCCUCCUUCAGACAUGCUGCCCACAGCUGAGGGAGGAAAAGCUAAUGCCUGGUUACGGCAGAAGAACGCUGGCAUCUACGUGCGUCCGCGCCUCUUCUCUCCUUAUGUGGAGGAGGCUAAGUCUGUGCUUGACGAAAUGAUGGUGGAGCAGACAGACCUGGUGCGUUUGAGAUUAGUGCGCAUGUCCAAUGUCCCAGACACGCUCUACAUGGUGAAUAACGCUGUGCCCCAGUGCUGUCACAUGAUCAGCCACCAGCAAAUGGCAAGCACUGCAAACACUGCUCCAUCGGUGGUGGCAAAUGAAAUUCCAGUGCCUCAGCUGCCGGUGGUAAAAGAGAUGAUUCGCAGGCUGCAGGAGCUAAGACACUCAGAGCAGGUCCAGAGAGCUUACGCCCUGAACUGUGGGGAAGGAGCAACGGUCAGCUAUGAGUUGCAGCUGCGGGUGCUGAGGGAGUUUGGUCUGGCAGACGGAGCCACAGAACUUCUGCAGAACCCAUACAAGUUUUUUCCUGAUGAACGUUUUGGAGAUGAGAGUCCGAUUUUGGCAUUGCGCCAGGUGGGUCGGUGUCGGGUUAAUAGCAGCCCAGCAAUGGAUAGCAUGUUCUCAGAGCUGGAAGGAGUAGCAGGCUUCCACCCUCCCCUCCCUCCUCCACCACCCCCCUACCAUCCCCCUGCCACACCAAGCCACGCUCAGCUCAAGGGUGCAUGGCGACCUCGCGUGCCCAUGCCCACCCCCACCCGAUCCUUCUCCUACCCUUGCAACCGCACUCUGAUCCAGCGCCAUGCGUCCAAGCAUGGCAGUUCAGACUACUCCUCUGUGCCCCGGCCUCAGCCCCCCGACUGCACCAACCCCCAGCCUAUGGGCCGAGCUUUGCUUUCAGACAGGCAAGCGAUGACCAUGGAGCCUGUUAUAAGGGAGUUCAUGCCUGAUAUUGCACUGGGUGUCUCUGUCAUGUCCCUGAGGGAGCAGCACAUGGCGGAGAUGGAAAGGGACAGCCCUCUUAGCCCAAUGGGCCCCUCAGGCCACCAUCUGCCCCACGGCCCCUGCCCUUCUGCCCGCCUCAGCCAUGGCCACGGUCCCGGACACGGCCACUCCUGCAAGAGACACGCGCCUGAACCCAAACUGGAGGCUCAGGCCGAGUUCCCUGACCUGUAUGACUUCUCCUGCCGCCCUGCAACCCCAACGUCCUCUCACCCUCUGCCCUCUUAUGCAGGACCAGACCUCUAUAGCCACAGCUGCACCCCCUCCAGCGCUUACCCACCCCCAUACAUGUCUGACUCUCAGUCCCAGGGACACCCACAGGGGAGGACUGCUACAGACCCACUACGUCUGGACGUCCUCAGUAUGACCUCUCAGAGGCAUGACGGAGUCCUUUCUAGCCCUUCUGGAGCCCAGCCUCGGAUGGGACUCAUCCCUAGGGGGCGAUCAAAUGAGACAGACCUUACUCAUGGUUUAGGCCACUUACGGUCUCCCAGCGGGAACAUGGACAGCUAUGAAGAGAGGCACACAGGAUCUAGAGAUGCCCCAGAGGACAUGGUUCUAUCUGGAGAAUCAUCAGGCCUUCAGCAGCCUCACAGGAACAGUGUCAGUGAGGAGAUCACUAGAGACCGCAGGUCACCCAGCAAGCCUGACUACCCUUAUAAAAAAUCUGCACUUUAACCCCAGACAAGGACAAGGGGUUGAGUUAAGAAAAGGGAAAGUGUGACGAGUGGCUGCCAUCAGAGUGGAUGGAAAAGCACUAAAUGUGUGCCUGCGUGUAUGUGUGUUUGAGAGCUGCAGGGAACAGGGUGGUCGAUGGAUGCUAUUUAUAGGUUCUGUCCUUUUGUCCUACCUCUAUCACACUGUGCUAUCCAUCACACAGUCAGGGUGAGGAAAGAGUGAGAGAUGUAGGUUAAUUGUUGAUGCCUGUAAUUGAUCUCUGCAAGGCCUACAUUGUCAUGCUGGUUCAGAGGAGGACUCGGGCUUUUCUGGGUUUGAUUGUAAAGAGCAGGGUUAGCACCAUGAUGUGUGGAUCCUGCAUGCAGAGGUCACAACACUUAAUGUAGCUCAGUUAUUAACAAAGACUUCAUUCACAGGUUCUGCUGUCUCUUUAUUGUUUUUAGCAUAGAAUGGGGAGAUGACAGGUUAGGAAUCACAAUUUACACAAGCCAACAAUGGCACCUAGUCUGCAAAACAAGAGAGUUGUGUUAAAAACGGAUGUUAAUUUACAUUUCAGUUUCUUCCUGUAGCAUGUCUAUAGCAAGCAACUCAUUUUGGUUUCCCUCGUUUGGCUGUGGAUCUGCAGUGCUGAUGAGUAAUGGGCCAAGUCUGGUCACACAAAGCAGCAAUCGGAUCUGACGGGAAGUAGGUCAUCAGUGCUCGUCAUUCUCCUGUUACCAAGUCUGAUUAUUGUGUCAGGCUUUAACCAUCACAGCCUCUGAGAAUCUAGCUUAGAGGCAGGAGUCUGUCUUUUUCAGAUAAAAAAGGGGGAAACAGGACCAUCACAUGCAAGUUUAUUACUGCAAUACAGUGGAAAAUGUAAGGGUGCCAUGGCAACUGACACGCAGUGAUCAAGUGCUAGGUGAUUGUUGUUUUUUUUCAGCUGGAACAGGUGUGUGAGUGUGCGUGUGUCUGUUUGCAAGGAUAACUUCACAGGUGUUUAGACAAUCUCAGUACUGUACACUCUCAUCUUUAGUCAGGUCUGUUUGUACAUAUCAGUGAGUCUUUGGCACAGAGUGCAGCAGUCAGUGUGCUCAAGCUCCUUUUUCUGUUUAAUCCAGUAGCAUCAAAUAAUCUAAAGCCUUAAUCAGCGCUUGUAAUAAUCAGUUCUAGCUACCUUUUAUUCAAUUAAGUAUGAUGUCAUUAUAUCGCAACCCCUCUUAAUCGCUUGACUGUUCUGCUCUCGAUGGACUCUUUCCAUGCAGUUUUUCUGGGUGAUAGAGGUGGAUGUUAGAUGCCGAAACCAUGCGAGCACACAUCUCUGCACCCAAUGGAAGACUGGAGAGGCACAUCCAGUGUUGAUACUGUUCAAUAUACUGUUAAGAACUGCAUCAGCUGUAGCUUCAGAGUACACAUAAAAAGUCUGUUACUGUUACAGUUGGCACACAACCUCACACACGAGUAUCAUUGCACUGCAAGAGCCACCGGUCUACAAGCUGAAGGGAAAAAGGAACAUGAAUUUCGAACCAAACGGAUUUUUUUAAUUGAAGAAAAAGUUGGCGAUAACUGGCUCAUUUUUCCAUUGGAAAUUGUAUAUAAUGAAUUGAGUUCCACAUUAAUUUUUUAAUGGUUUCUUAUCACAUUUAGUGGAUGUUGAAGGUUUGUGUUUAAACUGUAGUGGACAACACUGUGUACUUGUCUUUGUCAUGAGGUCGCACUAAGAAUGUGUGGUAUAAAACGAUUGUGUCUCAGAAUCUAUUUUGUUUCUAAGUGAUAUUAAUUAGGGCAGUCUGUUCAAUGUUGUAGGUGGUGUUGAGUACCAUGUUUGUCGAGAUGUUUUCCCCUCUCUCUUCCUUUUGAGUAGCAGGAAUAUGUAGAAGAUCUGAAGACAUAAGCUCUCAUCCUAGCAGUGAUGAAGUUGCCAAACAGAAAAAUCAUUUUUCCAUUUAGGUUGCUUCAUGGGGAAAAAAUGCAAAACUCAAGAUUCCUCCCCAUGUUCAUGUUGGUUAGUUGUUAUAUUUUCCAGGACACUGUUCCAUUGAAUAAAAGCCCUUGUUUUGCUCUUUGCAGUAGAGAAGUCAGUGCCUUCCCCCGCCUGCGGCUGGGCUUUAUUGGAGAAAUGACUUUGAUGUCUAUGCAAGCUCUUUUCUACCAGCUUACCAGCCUGCAUCAAAAACUUCUUUGACAUCUUAUGUAGCCCCCUUUUGUGUACAUAGUGUUAUUUAGCACCUUUUGAAACUGAACCAUCUGAAAUGUGUGAUUGUGUUGAAUUUCAACAGGUACAUUGUACUUGUAUAUUAUAGAAAACUUGUUUGUAGAUUGAUAUUAAGUUGCAUUUAGUUUCACUGAAUCUAUUUUUCUACUGUCGCCUCAAAAGGUGCAUAACAGUGGUCAACUUGGGCAUCCUCAAAAUAAACUGCUUUGAUAUUAUGGAA